AAAGAAAAUAUUUCUCAAACGAACGAAAGAAAAAACGCGAUUCUUAAAACUCUAAGAAGAAACAAAUAAUCCCACGCUAAAAUGAAUAAAAAAGAAUGGAAAGGAAUGAAAACUAUAGAUAUGAGAAAACUUCAUGAGAAAAUGUAAAAGAACUUCAAAGACGAUGACGGAAGGAGUGGGAAGAAAUAGAAAGUGAGAGACGGAAUCGAAAGAAAGAAAAGAAAGAAAAUAAAAUAGGAAGAGUUGACACCGCUACGAGAAACACGUUGCCCGCAGAAAUUCCAUUCCCGUGUGAUUCGCUUCCAGAGAAUCGCGAUUGCCCCCACUCUAUCAACCUCGGAACUUUACGAUAGCAGGGGUUCCAGUGGAGCGCACGGAACAUGGGCGUGUUCUAAUAGGCGGAGCUUCGUUCUCGUUUCAGAAGUCUUCGUCUUGAAAAGCGUCAUUUCUGUGCCACCUAGUGCCACGAACAACCCCGAGUCGAGUCACGCAACACGAAUCCCCUCCACGUUGCAGCGUCUCGUACACAUACUCAAAUCGUAUACAUAUAUGGAACAAGCGAAUGCAUAGAGUAGAAGCUGUGCAAAGAAACCGAGCGAACGUGUGUGUGAACGAACGACGUGUGGAAGGGGCAGAAUCGAGGAUGCCAGUCUUUCCCGGGCCACGGAUCGGGACAGGAUAUCUUGUGUGAUUCUAUUCGAUCUUCCAGUUGAUCAACAAUAACUUUUCUUUUGCUUUUUGUGAUUGUUUUUGGUUUCUCUCGAUAUUAAAUUUAUUUUCGAAAAAGUUGAAGCGCGAGUUUCAGUUUUACAAUUAUGGAUCGAGUGAUGUGAAUACGGACUUCGUGAAUGGAGGGCAUAAUAUCGUAGCACGUGUAUUUGUUUUAAGAAACUUUUUUUUGAUUGUUUAAUAAUUAUGGAAUCGGAAAGAGGAAGUUUAUGAGAUACAAAAAUUUCUGGAACGAAGGAAGAUGAAGAUUAAAAAUCUCAAAUGAAAGAAAUCAGUAUCGAAAUUUGUAAAAUUUCUACCAUGUUACGCGUUCAAUUAAAAGGAAGCUCUAUUACCUAUGGAUCCCUAGGGGCGUGUCUGUCUUAAAUCUCAAGAGGCCCACAAUGAACAAAUUUGCGCCUCUUCUAAAGCUCGUUUCGCGUGCACGCACGUUCGAUGCACGAUGUGUGCGUAGUCAUGCGAAUCGUGAACAUUGGUCCAAGCCGCUGAUCGAGGAGGGAUCAUGCCCAGAGCGGCAUCAUUUAUCAGCCGGCGGCCGUCCGCUCGUUUAUUAUUUCACUUUGCCGAGUAUUAAUUGAGAUUUGGAGCCCGCAGCCAAUCUUUUUGUAUAUUCCAUACCCGGAAACGGCCAUAGUGCGUUGCAUGUCAUAACUAUGAAAUCAGAUGAAAAAAUUUUGAUUCUCAUAUGUUGUGAGAAAUUUAUGGUUACAUAAUCUAGGAUGAAUAUAUGACUGAGAUUGAAACAGAGACAGAGUGCACGGACGGUAUCCUUUGUUCAAACAACAACAACGUCAACACAAACAAUAAUAAUGUGAAUAUUAAGAAGUCCGGUACCAAUAUCACGACUAACGACAGCCACGAUGGAAUGGAAAUGGAUUGUGGUGGUUGCGGGGAAAGCGUACGCGAGCGCACUGUCCUCUGUGUAGGGGGUCGUACCUGGCAUUCCAGAUGUCUGAAAUGUUGCGCCUGUGCUAGGCCACUGCACGAUCAGCACUCCUGUUUCCUUCGAGGGAUGCGGCUUUAUUGCAGACACGACUACGCCUUAACAUUCGGCGCUAAAUGCGCGAAAUGUGGUCGAAGCGUGGGCGCCGGCGACUGGGUGAGGAGGGCCAGGGAAAGGGUGUAUCAUUUGGCUUGUUUCGCUUGCGACGCAUGUUCUCGCCAACUCUCGACCGGAGAGCAAUUCGCCCUCCUGGACGCCAGAUUGCUCUGCAAGGCUCACUAUCUCGACGUGGUGGAGGGAAACAAUACCUCGUCCUCGGAGGAUUGCGACUCUGAACACGGUGGGAAAGGUAGCAAGACGAAGAGGGUCAGGACGACUUUUACGGAGGAGCAGCUAUCGGUUUUGCAAGCGAACUUUCAGUUAGACAGUAAUCCUGAUGGCCAAGAUCUCGAGAGAAUAGCGCAUGUCACGGGGUUGAGCAAACGCGUGACGCAAGUAUGGUUUCAGAACUCGAGAGCCAGGCAGAAGAAGCACAGUGGGAAGAUCAAGACCCAAAUGCACCAUUCACCACCGAUGCAACAUCACCCAGUAGAAUUAUAUUCAACCAGCGUGAACAUGGUAGGCGCCUAUUUAGGAGGAUAUCAGGGUGGUAGCGCAGGAAGUGAAAGUCCUGGCAGUCCAUUGACACCUCUCACCCCUCUGACACCUCUAACCCCAACAACGCCCAAUCACCUUCAAGCUCAGUUCUGUCAUCAAACAGGGUAAAACUUCGUCCAAGAAUUGAAACCGAUGAUUAAAUUCAAAUUUUCUUCAGAGUUUCAAAGACAUUUCUGAUUUUUUUAAGAUAAAAAGUUUCUGAUUAAAAUCUUUUAAAACAUUGAUCUCUUAAAAUUCAGAGAACAAAAAAAAUAAUAAUAAAAUUCGUGGAUUUCAAAGAGGAUAAUUUGAUUUAUAAUUAGCGGAAAUUUUUGAUAUUUUUAUAAUUACUUUAGUACACGAUGAUUUUUUAAAUUUAAAUAUGAUGUAAAUUUGGUAAAAAAAAAGAUCUAUAAUGAAUCUAUGAUGGAACUUUAUGAAAAAUUAAAAUAUUAAUCCUCUUUGAAUUCUUCAAUGUUCUCUUUUUGUACAUACCAAAAAUGAAUUGUUUAAAACAAGUAAAAAAAGUAAAAGUGAUACUACGGAUAGGAUAGGAUUUUAUGAGGAUUCUAGGAUACGAAUAAACGAAAUGAAUUAAUUAUUUAUUCCAUUUCGAUUAAUUCCCACGACUGAUUUCUCAUUAUGAUUUUUAAUCUUGUUUUAACUUGUUUUAACAAGUGUUUUAUUCAUCAAAAGUGCAAUCAAACGAAAGUUAAAAUUUUGAAUGUGUUCAUAAAAAUCUUGUAUUUUACAAUUAAAAAUUAUCUUAUAAAUUUUAUUUUUCAAAUAAUUAUUCAAAUUUCCAUAAUUUCAACUUUUUUUUAUAAUUCCAUUGAUAAUUCUUUAUUUAUUUUUAAUUUUUAAAAUUAUAACAACACAUUGAAUGUAUGAUUAAAUAACGAUAGGUCUCAUUUUUAGCGAUAAAAAUUGUUACGCUCAUUAGUAUUCAUUAAAUACUUACGCACACGUCUCUUAUAAAGUAUUUUAUUUUUAAGAUAAAAUUGUACAUAAAUAUAUUCCGUAGCUUUUGUAUAUAAAUUUCAAAAAGAAUCGUGCAUGAGUAUUUGAUAUCGCUCCCCGUAUUGUACACUCAUAGCGCAAUAUUGUAAACCGUACUGUUAAUAAUAAAAAUGUCUUUUACUGUUAA